GGCGGGCGGGCGGCCGGCGUGACGCGGCGGGAUUAACUUUGCAUGGCUAAUUCGAGCACCGCCGCGGAGGCCACUGGCUGCUCGGCCGCAGCUCGCCCGCACGCCGCCUCGGGGCGCCACCGCGAGGCUCCAGCGCUCCGAUCUGUGGUUUCCAUCUCCUCGGAGGACCUACCUGGUACCAAGCUCCACACAUGGCUUAGUAAAUAAGGAAAUGCCAGUGCAGAAGAGGACCCAGUAUGACGACUAACCUAUGACUCCUAACAGUAUGACAGAAAAUGGCCUUCCAGCCUGGGACAAACAGAAGCCCCGUCCAGAACGAGGACAGGACUGGAAGCUGGUAGGAAUGUCCGAAGCCUGCCUGCACAGGAAGAGCCAUGCAGAGAGGCGCGGCGCACUGAAGAACGAGCAGACAUCCCCACACCUCAUCCAGGCCACGUGGAUGAGCUCUAUAUUCCAUCUGGAUCCCGAAGAUGUGAACGAUCAGAGCGUCUCCAGUGCCCAGACCUUCCAGACCGAAGAGAGGAAAUGCAAAGGAUACAUCCCCAGCUAUUUAGACAAAGAUGAGCUGUGUGUCGUGUGUGGGGACAAAGCCACGGGGUACCACUACCGCUGCAUCACCUGUGAAGGCUGUAAGGGUUUCUUUAGAAGAACCAUUCAGAAAAGUCUUCAUCCAUCUUAUUCCUGCAAAUAUGAAGGAAAAUGCGUCAUAGACAAAGUCACUCGCAACCAGUGCCAGGAAUGUCGCUUUAAGAAAUGCAUCUAUGUUGGCAUGGCAACAGACUUGGUGCUGGAUGACAGCAAGAGAUUAGCCAAGCGGAAGCUGAUAGAGGAGAACCGUGAGAAGAGGCGGCGGGAAGAGCUGCAGAAAUCCAUUGGACACAAACCCGAGCCCACGGAUGAGGAGUGGGAACUCAUCAAGACAGUCACCGAGGCCCACGUGGCCACCAAUGCCCAGGGCAGCCACUGGAAGCAGAAGCGGAAAUUUCUGCCGGAAGACAUCGGACAAGCACCCAUCGUGAAUGCCCCAGAAGGUGGCAAGGUUGACCUGGAAGCCUUCAGCCAUUUCACAAAAAUCAUCACACCAGCAAUCACCAGAGUGGUGGAUUUUGCCAAAAAGUUGCCCAUGUUUUGUGAGCUGCCGUGUGAAGAUCAGAUCAUCCUCCUCAAAGGCUGCUGUAUGGAGAUCAUGUCCCUCCGAGCUGCCGUGCGCUAUGACCCAGAGAGCGAGACUCUGACUUUGAACGGGGAGAUGGCAGUGACACGAGGCCAGCUGAAAAACGGAGGUCUUGGGGUGGUGUCGGAUGCCAUCUUUGACCUGGGCAUGUCUCUGUCAUCUUUCAACCUGGAUGACACGGAAGUUGCGCUGCUUCAGGCCGUCCUGCUGAUGUCUUCAGAUCGCCCAGGACUGGCCUGCGUUGAGAGAAUCGAGAAAUACCAAGACAGUUUCCUGUUGGCCUUUGAACACUAUAUCAAUUACCGAAAGCACCAUGUGACACAUUUUUGGCCCAAACUCCUGAUGAAGGUGACAGACCUGCGGAUGAUUGGAGCCUGCCAUGCCAGCCGCUUCCUCCACAUGAAGGUGGAGUGCCCCACGGAGCUCUUCCCCCCUCUGUUCUUGGAAGUCUUUGAGGACUAAGUGGACUGGACAGGUUCUUGUCAUUCCUGCCGCGCUACUGGGUGUCGUUUCUUCCCGCCUCCGCCUCAGUCCUUCUCGUUGUCGUUUUCUCGUUCCUUUGUGUCGGGUGGGAUCGUUGGGGGUCAGUGGGUCAUCAGUGGCACAGCCUGGGAUGACGUCGUCUCUGGAAUGUGGAUCUUUGUAACUGUUGCAUUCUGUUCACCAGUCCUUACUGUGAAUGCUUUGAAGGGUUGGGUGGGGGACAAUCAUUAUGUCACCAGCACCAAGCCAUCACCAGCUCCCAUCUGUCCCUCCCUGGUCAGAGAGACUCGAGCAAGCCAAAUGGCACUGCAGAAGACUAAAGAAGCCUUAAAACCAAGACCACAGUCAUCUUGAUCCAGUUCUGAUGUUUGCAGGGCGGAGCUGGCAGAGGAAGGGCCCCCUUGGGCUGGGCGUGGCUUUCGGUGUCUAAGGGUAGGAGCAGAUGCUACCAGGAGCUCACCAUUUCCAGAACCCUUCCUCUCCAAGCAAUGUGACUUGGAACGUGCGGGAAUAGCCACACCAUAAGGAAUCAGCUAUCCUUCCCAUGGCCUUGUGACGUCCUUCAAGCUGGACAAGAGCAUGACUUGAAGAUGGGCAGGUGUUUUACUGGUUCAAGGCCACAAGGACAAUCUUUUUCUCAGCCUGCCAGAGAGCUUGGGAAUCUGUAUCAAUGUUACAGGCAUGGUUUCCAGAGUGCACGUGGUGUACCACCUUGAGCAAGAAGGUGUCUUCACAGCUUGGAUAGAUUCACAAGCCAUUCCCACAAAGCUCAAGCCUGUUUACAGAAGCGCUGUCUCUUUUUAGUGGUCUCUGAGCCAGUUCUUUCCCCCAGCUCACCAAGGUCUUUAUCCAGGUUGUCUGUUGAGCUGAUAACAUUUCCCUAUGGCUUAGAUCUUCCGAUCAGGGAGAGACACACGUGUUGAAGUUCCAGUCUUAUGUGACAAAAUUCCUGGAAAAAGAUCAGGGCAGGAACAUUCUGCUUCGAAGGAAAUGCACUCCUCAUGGGUGUAGGCUGUCCGAUGACCAGAGGAUGCUCUCCCCAGUCUUGGAUUCAUAAGCUCCUUACAUUAUCCACGAAUACCCCCCAGCCCCCACCUCCCGGCCACAUUCUGUGGGGGUAAACAGCUUGACUCUCUCUAAACGCUAGCUCUUCUGUACCUUUAUACAUCACUGCACUGGCCAAGAGUCCCCAUAAAACAACGGCCGACCAUGCAUAAGGACACACUGUCACCACUGCUGUCCAGCCUACCCCCAAUGACCAAAUCAUGACAACUUCUCUGCAGACGGGCAAAGAAUGUACCCAUGCAACUGAAUGUACCCCAUUCUUCACUGACAUCGCAGAUAUAAACUGUCCCUCUGCCUGCCUUUCACUGCCUUAUCCUGGAAAUAUUGGGGAAAACAAGCCAUAUCAGCAAGCGUUACCUAAAAACCAAGGACAGAAAGUCACUGUGAAGAGUGAGGACACUCACUUGCCUCUUUUAGGCUUUCGGAGCAUACUUGGCUUCACUGGACGUCAGGGCACCGGAGUUCUAGGUCGUGCUCUACGGCCUGGUCCGUUUAGGACCUUACAGUUCCAAUUUUCUUACUGCAUAAAUAAGUCAGUCCCCUAAAAUCCCUCUUACUUUCUCUGUUGGAUGACUUUCCAGUAAGUGGGGGGGAGGGAGUGAUCCUUGAACUAUUUUUUUUUAUAUUCAAAUGCGUAGCUUUAUCAGACAAAAAGCAAGACCCAUUCACAAUUAAGGAAUGUAUUUGGCUUUUAAUUAAGGAAAUGAGAAUUUGCCUCAGAGGAAGGCAGAAUGGCCUUGGAAGAGAAGGUGCAUGCAACUUUGAAAGUCUCCAGAGUCCGUGGGAAUAGCCUCAGGAGAAGGCAUGCUCCAGCAUUAACGCGUUUAGACAGAAUGCGCUGUGAACUUGGUGCAGAGAUUAAAAUAGAAGCAAGAAGCCCCAUUGAUUCAUGUUCGAACAUCUGUCAAGGGUUUGCUUUCCCAGACAGCCUGUAGCCAGCCUCCUCCCUCACAAACUUCAUUAAACAUCUGUUCUCCCUGUCGACUCUCCUGGAGGACCUCUGUCCAGACAAUAAAAACAAGCUUGCUGUGAGGCAAGUUCUCCUUCCAAGAGGAGAGAGAGGGAGCCCGCAGGUGAGUCCUGCACAGGGGCACAGACUCCUGGGACACCAGCGUUUCCAGGGAAGUUUCCUGACUGACAGUUUCCAAAGAACGUCAGACACCUGGGUUCCAGCACUACUGCAGGGUUUUGGACCCAGGGUCUUUCAGGGCACUGUGGGGAUUAAUGACCACUGAGCACUAGCCCAGCCCUCAGGCAUCUGGUCAGCCCCAGUCAGCCCCAGCACGUGGUCCUCACUCUGUACGCAAAGGCUCACCUUCAAGAGGCAGACACUGCCCUCACAAAGUUGAAGGCAAAACAUUCAUACUGAAUAAGAUAUGCGAGCUUCAGUCUUCUGGCAGAAAGGAAUAAGAACAGCAGGCAGUCAGAAUGACUCAAGUCACGCCCUCCUCCGGGAAACUCCAUUUUAUGAAAUUAGAUUUUGAGGAAUUGGCUCCCAACUUUUUUUCUUUUCUUUUUACAAAGCAUUUUUCUUCUAAUCUUGUCCAGACUUUCAAAUCAAGUGUGGAUGUAGUGGAAAGAGCCCUCGCAUCUGCCCCACUGUGGGGAGACAUUCCAGUCAAGGAGAACAUGCCCAUCCUACUGGGAUGCUCACUUAUAAAUCAUAGGUAUGGAUGAGAAGGCUGUGCACAUGCAAAAGACGUGUGUGUAUGUGUGUGUGUGCACAUGUGUACAUACAUGUGUUUGUCCCUUCAAGUGCACUUUGCACUUCAUCGUCAAUGUGCAGAACUUCCAGAAACUGGAAGAAAGAAGAACAAUUUUUCUCCUCUGAUUCUGCUGAAAACACCUUGUGCCGCCUCUGAGCUUCUUCUAGUGUGAUGAGCCUCAGUCCUCGGUGAUGCGCCCUGUGGGAGCCUCAGCCCAGGGCGUCCCCAGUCUGUGGCCCCAGUGCCACCCACCUCCAUCCUAGUGCAAUCUCGGGGAGAGCGAGGUUGGCUCCUCUCUGCAGGGUCCCUUCUCAUGUUAACCUGCGGGCUGGCGCCCAAGCCUUGCUCUCCUCACACUCAACCCUCCCCAUCCCAGCCUUGAGACCUGCUGGGCCUCUUCAGAGCAUGUCAUUGUCGGUAAGACAUCUUCAUUCUGUGGAACUCAAACCUAUCCGUGUCAUAUGGACCUUUUGUUGCAUGAGUCAUGAGUUAUGAAAUCAGUCUUAUGGUUUUUGAGAUGUAGCCAGCAUUUUGUAAGGCUAAACCUUUUUCAUGAACUUAAUUUAAGUGAAGAACCAAACCACAGGUCCUCCUCAAAAUGAGAGAUGACAGACAAUUGAAUCUGUUUGCCCUUUCCAAUGGCAAUGGCAUCAGGUCCUCUAAUAAGCUCACAACUUCCUGUUAUUUUAAUAAUAUGGAAACAUUAGCAUAGUGUUUCUUUUGAUAGUGAUAGACUGGUCCAUAUUUAAAUUUUAUAGAGAAGAAAUUUAUUGUACUGUGAUGUAGAUAUUUAUUAUCCAGGUAAGGAUUUGCCCGGUGUGUAUUUUUUACAAUUGAAACAUUUUACUUUAAUCUUUAAAAUAAAAAAAAAGACAUUAAAAACACACACACAUACAAAAAAAAGGCUAGGGAGAAAAAAGGUUUGGCCUUAUCGCAGAAUUUUUACUGUGCUGUAUAAAUAUUUGCACAUGAAAAAAUUACACAUUUCUCGUGUGUUUCCACAUUAAUUAAUGCCUCCUUCAGGAGCAAUAGUGUGCAGGUGAACACUGAUUGUGGCUUUGUCUUGCACAGCUCAAGCUGACCCACCUUCUGCACAAGACAAUCAAAUGUGAGUCUCUCCUCUGAGGAGGGGGACAGUACUCAAGAGAGCACAACGUGAGACACAGGAAGAGGCUGUAGGCCAGCCAAUGCACAGAUGGGGAAGGGGUCAGGGCACAAGCGCAUCCAUGUGGCCUUGUGUCACUUAGUCCCUUUGGUUGUUCCUUGUGACCUUGGCAUCUUUCACUUGACGUCAUAUAGCCAAAGUCGUUCUCCGCGCUUUCGUCAGAGAAGACGAUUCUUUUUUCCAUAAUGUUUCAUUGCCCUGAGAAUCAGGAAAAACAACAUGGUACAGAAUAGAGAGGUUUACAGUCAGCGGGAGAUUUGAGUUUUGCAGACAGUGUUAAGUGCUAUUGCUAGAUUGGUGAUAUUUUUUUCAGCCUAAAAUUGUUGGAAUCUGUGAUCAAAAUGUUUUAAACUAUCCAAAAAGAAAAUUUGUAUAUUUGGGAAAAAUGGAUUUUUACAUAGCUUUUGUAUGCAGAUAUUAAAUUGUAAUUAUGAAUAUAGUGGGCAUAAAUACUCAUAAGCUUAAAU